AGUCUGUCUGAAAUCACUUUCUGCAGGAAGUCGUCACAGCUUUCGGACGCAGACGCAGCGUUGAGUCUUCUGAGCAGAGGAGAGCAGUUCACGAAAUUCAUGUUCAGUGAAGCCCCUCACAACAAUCUAACAUUCAGCAAUUCAGCAUUAAAUAUCUCCAUCAGUUCACAAGAGAAGACCAGCAUCAAAUCAUCAGGAAGAAAUCUGCAAAGACUGAGUUUAUUAAAGAGGACAGAGAGAAGAUGAGAGAUCCAGAACCCUGCAGAAUCAAACACACUGAAGAUACUGAAGAACUAACAGAGUUGAUUGAAGAAAAUGAGCAGAAUGAAGAAUUGAGUGAAGUUGAGGAGAAAAAUCACUUCGAAACUGGAGAAAAACCUUUGAGUUGCUGUCAAAGAAAACGGGUAAUAUUAAAGAAAACAAGAGCCAAGAAAUCUUUCACCUGCACUCAGUGUGGAAAGAGUUUGACAUCCAAACAUAGUCUUGAUGUUCACAUGAGAAUUCAUACUGGAGAGAAACCGUUUACUUGUGAUCAGUGUGGAAAGCGUUUCACACAAUCAGCAAACCUUAAGCAUCACAUGAACAUCCACACUGGAGAGAAACUGCACACAUGUGAUCAGUGCGGAAAAAACAUUUUUGUGGGCUUCAAACCUGCAGCGGCACCUGAGAAUUCAUACAAAAGAGAAACCACAUUCAUGUCAUUUGUGUGGAAAGAGUUUUUCACGUCUACAUCGUUUGAUAUACUUUUGUAGGAUUUCUAA